CAAAAACAGAAAUUCGAAAGAGGGGUUUAUGCUGGGGUUUUGAACUUCUUCACUUGUUAUUGCAUAAAUUGAACUCGCACUUCUCAAAAUAAAGUUUUCUUCACUUGGGUAUAGCAGAAAUCGAAGCCAUAUUUCAUAAUCACCUGCAACAGUUUUGAGGAUUCGAAGGGUAAUGAAAAGGAGUCGAAAAUUCAAUUGAUGAUUUUGAGCGUGGGGUGACUAUUUAUAUAACAGACUGAUGUUUAGAAGCAACAAUUUAACAGCAAGGAUAUUUGAGCGUCAGAUUCGAACUCCUUCUCCUGGUACCACUAUUCACCGUGCGAGGAGAUUUUAUGAGAAUAUAGUUCCUGGUUCUACAAUAUAUGAUGUUGAAUGUCCGGACCAUUCAUUUCGCAAGUUCACAGAAGAUGGCAAAUACUUAAUAAGUUUCAGUAGAAACCAUCAAGAUUUAAUUGUGUAUCGACCCACAUGGCUUACAUUUUCUUGCAAACAAGAAGAUUGUUAUGCUCAAGAUCUUCCACCAAAAGCCAAGAAGUUUGAGAGUUUCUUCACUCAAAUCUACUCGGUCCCACUUGCUUCUGCAAGUGAGCUCAUAUCUACCGGAGGUGCUAUUCAAGGGGUUCCCUCAAUUGAAAAAAUAACAUUCCAUCUUCUAAGAUUGGAAGAUGGAGUUGUGCUUGAUGAGAGGGUUUUCUGCAAUGAUUACAUAAAUUUAGCACACAGCAUGGGUGUUUUUUUAUAUGAUGAUUUACUUGCUAUAGUAUCUCUUCGUUAUCAACAUAUUCACAUACUUCAGAUUAGGGAUUCAGGGACUCUUGUUGAUGUAAGAGCAAUUGGUGACUUUUGUCGUGAAGAUGAUCAGCUUUUUCUCAAUUCUAGUUCACAGGGUAUGUCAAGUAUUGAAAAAAGUGUAUCACAACACAUACCUGUUAAUAAUGCUGCAAAUGGCCCUCUUCUUGAACAAGUUCCUCAAGAAAAUCCUUUCUUGAGUGGCAUAAAACAAAGGCUACUUUCUUUCAUUGUUAGAGAGAUACGAAAUGAAGAAGAAGAUGAAACUAUGAGAAUCCAAUCCCUAAAGAAGAAGUUUUAUUUUCACUUUCAAGAUUAUGUCGAUUUGAUUAUAUGGAAGGUGCAAUUCUUGGAUCGACAUCACCUACUAAUAAAGUUUGGGAGUGUUGAUGGAGCAGUGUCAAGAAAUGCUGAUAAUCACCCUGCAUUCUUUGCUGUAUAUAACAUGGAAUCAACAGAAAUUAUUGCGUUUUAUCAGAUGUCCUCAGAUAAGCUGUAUUUGUUGUUUGAACAAUUUUGUGAUCAUUUUCAUGUAGCAUCAAAAAAUUCCCCUUAUAUGAAUUUUAUAUCAUCUCAUUCCAACAACAUUCAUGCUCUUGAGCAAUUGAGAAGCAGUAAAAAUAAAGCCACCAGCUUCUCCUUGUUUGUUAAAAAAGUGAUGGCUUCUUUACCAUUUAAUUGUCAAUCUCAAAGUCCUUCACCUUAUUUUGAUCAAUCAUUAUUUAGAUUCGAUGAAAAGCUUAUUUCUGCAGCUGAUAGACAUAGACAAUCAACUGAUCAUCCAAUCAAAUUUAUCUUAAGGAGGCCUCCACAUACCCUAAAGUUCAAAAUAAAACCAGGACCUGAAGCUGGAAUUACAGAUUGUAGGACAAGGAGGAUAUCUUCAUUUCUUUUUCAUCCAAUUUUACCCCUGGCUCUUUCAGUUCAACAGUCUUUGUUUUUGCAACCUGCUUUUGUAAAUAUUCAUUUCCGUAAAUAACCCUGACUUUUAUGAAAAUUAAGGGUUUAUUUUAUUAGUAUGAUGAAGAAAAAGAAGAAGAAGCAAUAUCAAUGAGUAAUUCCAUGGAGUAUUGAUGUCAAGAUUUUUAACUUAAUUCAUCAUUUCGGAAUUUAUUUAUAUCAUUUGUUUA